AUGAGAGUCAGCCAAGCUCUUUCUGUUGUCGCCACGGCGUUCACGACCGUUUCCGCUGUUCCGUUCAGUUGGGGAAAUGGCUUCCUCUCCUUUGUUGAGUCCCCGGCCGAUGGCAAGAACUAUGGCAAGAGUGGAGCGACGACUGUGUCGUUCCGGGCUCAGGGUAUUUGGAACACCGUCAUUGGCGAGGUAGAGGCGAACAAAGAAGCCUUCAGCCCGAUUGUCACGAUUCAGUUUGGUCAUAAUGACCAAAAGGCAGCGGCAAACAUUUCUGCCGACCAGUUCCAAGCGAACUUGGAGAAGCUAGCCAACGAGGUCACGGCUGCAGGGGGAACUCCUAUUUUGAUCACAUCACUUACGCGCCGCACCUUCAGUGGCGGUAAGGUCAUCCAGAACUUGGAAACUGAGCGCCUUAGAGCCAUCGCCGCCGCAGAGGCCGUAGGCGCGACGUACCUUGAUCUCAACACCGCCAGCACCAACUACAUCAACGCCAUUGGAAACGAGAACGGACACAAGUACGACCUUGCUUCGGGCGACUCUACUCACCUGAACUCUGCUGGAGAGGUUGUCUUUGGUCGCCUUGUUGCGGACCUUCUUCUCGAGAAGCGGACCGAUCUUGCUGUGUACAUCAGAGAGAACAAGGCUCUUAGCGACAAGAUCAAGGCUGGAGAGUUUGCGACGGGUGAUGAGACUGAUUGA